AUGAAUAGUGAUUGCACAAAUUCAAAUGAGAAGGAAGUGUCAACCUUAAGUGAUCUACAAUUGGCAUUUGCGAAAUACGUUAAGUCCAAGGACCCAAAUGCAUAUCCAAUACUAUUACUUGAUUUGGUCCGUCACCUCAUGAAAACAAAUGCCGACUUGUCAGAUGAAGUCUUGUCGUUCAUUUAUCACAAUUUUGGUCUUUUAAAAUUACGCAAAUACCAAGCCCUAUUAUUAAUCGCUUUCCCUGAUUUCGAUAGGUUCUCACGCUCCCGUGCAUUUUACAUUGAUAGAAUGUUGCUAGAGCAAGAGAAGGUGUCCUAUGAUAGACAACGAAGCUUUGAGCUCGAAAAGAGAGGGAAAAAUUCACUCACAAAGUUGAAUACAAACUUAGAUGAGGAAUCCCAAAGUGAGCGCUACCGGUACAUGGAAAGUCUUCAGGAGCUCUUUAAACGAUUACUUGCAAGCAGUCGACUCGGAGAAGCAGAGUAUGUCUUCGCCAGAUUACUUGUUCUAGCAAUGAACUUCGCUGGUAAUUGUGAUAAGUAUGAACCUUCCAAACCUAUCUUCACCAAGAAGGAGUGCGAUGCGAUUCCCCUGAGCCUGUUGGUAAAGUCUCUUCUUAGAAGUCUAGAUGCGUACCCAACCUUCGCGUUGAGUUUUACGUGGUUUAGAGACCACUCUGGUACCACCACGGAAAGCAAGCCAUUGCUAUUCCUGACCACAAAGUCCCCAUCUUUGAAGUCAAAGAAUCCAAAACCACGACCUUCAGGGCGUCACCCACAACUUCCCGCAGGAGAUGAUGCCGUCCAUUAUCUCGCGCUGAGCAAUGUGAAGGUGCUCACACUGAGAGCUUUUUGA